GUAUUUUUGUCCUCUUGAAGAAUUUUGUUAUUUAUUCCGUUUCCAUUUCCAGUAAUGUUAGAUGCUAGGGUUUUGUUUAGGGACCUGGAUGUAUGCAAUCAUGUACUCCGUUCGUGCUUGAUGAGUAAUCUGACUAGUAAUUUAAGUGGUGAUAGUUUCUUAGGGCUUGUUGUGGCGCUUUUUUAAAAAGAAUGAUGAAAAGCUUGACGUUCUUGGCGAUUGCAACUUCCAAUAACUAGUUUCAUUUCAGUUUUUCAGGUUUUUUGGGUUGCUUAUGAUUGGAUUUUGUGAUGAAGCUGUUUUUCGUCUCUUUUGAGCCAAUGAAUACACAUGAGCCAACCCGUUAGUUACAUGGUUCAAACGUCGGUGGUUCUUCAGCCGCGGUGUCUCUGAAAGAAGCGAAGAGAUGGGUAGCAAAGAACGAGCAAAGGAGAGAAGAGAGAAGAGAUUACAGGAAAUAUCGCUUCUCAGGACCAUUCCCUAUUCCGAUCACCAGAGGUGGUGGUCCUCAGAAACCAUUGUAGUUGUAACUGGUGGUAAUAGAGGAAUUGGAUUUGAGAUUUCAAGGCAGCUUGCGGUGAAUGGAUUGAUAGUUAUAUUGACAGCAAGAGACAAUAAUGUUGGCCUUGAAGCAACCAGGGUUCUACAAGAAGGUGGUCUUAAUGUGCUCUUCCAUCAACUAGAUGUCUUAGAUCCUUUAUCUGUCAAAGAACUUUCUGAGUGGCUACAGCAAAAUUAUGGUGGUUUAGAUAUCCUGGUAAACAAUGCUGGUGUUAAUUUCAAUCUCGGGUGUGAUAAUUCUGUUGAAUAUGCCGAGAAGGUUGUUGAAACCAAUUAUUUUGGUACCAAAAAUAUGAUUCAAGCUAUGAUCCCAUUAAUGAAGCCUUCUACUUCCGGUGCUCGAAUUAUUAAUGUGAGCUCACGUUUAGGCAGACUAAAUGGCAGAAGGAAUAGACUUGAAGAUGUAAAUCUCAGACAACAACUAGGCGAUUUGGACUCGCUCUCAAUUGACCUGAUUGAUAAGACCGUAUCUACUUUUUUACAACAAGUAGAAGACGGCACUUGGACAUCAGCUGGCUGGCCUCAAACUUUUACUGACUACUCGGUGUCAAAACUUGCAGUUAAUGCUUACACCAGGCUAAUGGCAAAAUUACUUUCUGAUCAAGGUCACAGAAUCUAUAUCAACUGCUAUUGUCCGGGCUGGGUGAAAACUGCCAUGACAGGUUAUGCUGGUAACAUUUCAGCUGAGGAAGGAGCUGAUACUGGAGUAUGGCUUGCCUUGCUUCCUGACCAGGCAAUAACUGGGAAAUUUUUUGCAGAGAGACGUGAGAUAAACUUCUAAAGCAGUUAUGCCAAUUCUAGAGUUUGAGAAUGGGUUGUUUUUUCCGCAUUGAGCUAGUAUAAAACCCAAAACAGCCAUAGGAGAGUUUGAACUGUUGUAGAAUAUGUUUCUUGCACUAAAUUACACUGCAGGAUUGGUUUGCGGAUUUUAUCGGUGAAUGAGAGCCAGGAACUGUAACCGCAAUGAAAAAUGGCCCUAAACGUUUUACAAGGUGUU